CGCUCCGCCCACCUGGAUGUAACGCGUUACUCCACUGCGACGAGCGGGGAGACAGAAACAUCCAAAAAAAAAAAAAAAAAAAAAAAAAAAAAUACUGAAUAUAACCCCCCCCACACAUUUUAAAGAUUAUAAGCGUAUUCAUCAGUCCGUACAAUGAGCGGGAUCCCGGGGACCGCUGUCGUCCAGGUCACCAACCUGUCCUCGGCCGUGAGCAGCGAGCAGAUGCGCACUCUGUUCGGUUUCCUGGGAGACAUCGAGGAGCUGCGGCUCUACCCGCCCGACAAUGCCCCUCUGUCUUUCUCGUCCAAAGUGUGUUAUAUAAAGUACCGAGACCCCUCCAGUGUUGGUGUGGCGCAACAUCUCACCAAUACUGUGUUUGUUGACAGAGCUUUGAUAGUAGUGCCCUGUGCGGAAGGGAAAAUCCCGGAGGAGGCCAAGGCUUUGUCACUUUUGGCACCUACCACCCCAGUACCCAGUCUGAUCCCUGGUGGGGGGCUGCUGCCUAUUCCUACUCCAGCCCCACUUCAGAAUCUCAACCUCCCCAUAGUGAAUCGGAUAUCAGCUACUCUGGACCCCACAGCUUCAGCUAACUCCCAGCCCCCCCUCAUGGGAAAUGUGGAUCCCUCAAAGAUCGAUGAGAUCAGGAGGACCGUCUAUGUUGGCAACUUGAACUCACAGACCACCACCGCAGAGCAGCUGCUGGAGUUCUUCAAGCAGGUGGGAGAUGUGAAGUUUGUACGAAUGGCUGGAGACGAGACUCAGCCAACGCGUUUUGCCUUCGUGGAGUUUGUCGAGCAGGAUUCUGUUGCCAGAGCUCUGACCUUCAACGGAGUCAUGUUCGGAGACAGGCCCUUGAAGGUUAAUCAUUCCAACAACGCCAUUGUAAAGCCUCCCGAGCUGACGCCACAGGCUGCUGCGAAGGAGCUAGAGAGUGUUAUGAAGAGGGUGAGGGAAGCCCAGUCUACCAUUGCAGCUGCUAUAGAGCCAGCGGACAUAAAGAAGCGUUCCUCCAGUCGGUCCAGAAGGGGGCGGAGGUCUCGCUCGAGGUCGCGCUCCCGUUCGCCCUCGAGGUCGCGCAGGAAAAGGUCCCGUUCGAAACACAGACCGCCACAGAGGUUGUGGCCGAGAGGUGACUCCCACAGUUCCCGAGGCGGCCACAAGAGGCGCUCUCGCUCCAGAGACAGAAGGCACAGUCGAAGUCGAUCAAGGGGCCACAAGAGGAGGAGUAAGGAUCGGUCCAGGAGCCCUCGGAGGAAAGCCAGGUCACCCUCACCGAAAAGAGGUAAGAAAGACAAGAAGAGGGAGCGCAGCAGGGACAGGCGGGACCGCUCCACAUCCAGAAAGAGGAGCCGCAAGGACGAGGACAGGAUAAAGAGCAAGGCCAAGCCAAUGAAGGAGGAAGACAUUAUUCGCGACCUUGUUUUCCCCUUCGCUCCUUAUGGCCGGCAGAAGUGCCCAAUGAACACCUGCCAACUGAGAGGGCGGCAUUAUGUGGAAAGGGACUAUGACCGAGAGGAGAAGGACGACUUUGAAAGCGACAGAGAAGACUCGGCCACACACAGCGACGACAUGACGUCAUCACCCUGCGCCCAGCACAACGGCAGCUACAAGACUCACAACGAGGAGGACACACCUAUGGGUGCGGACGGCACCAAGUGACUAUUGGAACCCUGCAGGAAAAACUAAUCUCGCUCCAUCGAGUGAUCUCAACGCCUGUCGCGUGCGUAUACAUCCACGAACAUCAGAUAACCACUCCGUCUUUUCUCCAUCAUCGUCUCCUGUUGUACAACCUGAUUUUUACUGUACAUUAUUGGCAAAUGCACGGAUCCUGUAAUUCAGUUACAGUCGACCGGAAGGCCAAGUGAGCACUCAUUACAGCAGAACCUUUCUUGUUGAGCUGCAUGUUAGGGCUGGAACUAACGACUAUUUUCAAUAUCGAUUGCGCUGCCCGAUAUUUUCACAAUUAGUCGCUUGUAAAAAAUUCCAAAAAAUUGUGGAAAAUGCUCAUCACAAUUUCAACCAACUGUCCAAAACCCCAGAGACUCUUCAUUUAUCAUCAUAAAUGGCAAAAAAGCAGAAAAUCAUAAACUUUAUUUAGCUGGAAUCUGCAAAUGUACAUUACUGCUUGAAAAAAUGACUGAAACUAAUACCAGUUUAUCGACUUAUUGACACAGAGGGUGCACAUGAUAUAACAGUUCCACACUAAAUACUACAGGCUCUGAAUGUGGUAUACAAUCAGGUCAGUAGAAGCUUCAAAACACACUAUUGCAAGUCUGUCAUCCUAAAUUUCAUAAUAUUACACAGGUGAUAUUGGGCCCACCUCCUGCGAUGCUUUAAGAGCUCAGUUUCUAUCAUUCUUUCCACAGCGAUACUCAAACUGUUGUCACCUUACCGAGCACACUACAAAAAGUGUGCGGGCCUGAAGCAGCUGCAGAGCUUUUGAGAUUCUGUUGCCCGGCAAUAUAAAUCAUAAUUUUUUUAAUAUAAAUGUUUCUCCAUUCCUUCUGUGUCAUCUUGACCUCUUCAGAAGCCUAAAAAAAACCUAAGAUUACCACUAUUUAGGUCAUACUGUAGCAUGUAUGACAUUUCCUAAAUGUUUGCCAGACAGUAAAAUGCAGAGACAAUCUGCAUUAACUGUAAAAAAAAAAAAAAAAAAAAAAAACACUGUCUAACAUUUUGCUUCAUUUAUUCCUGUCGUGUAAGCCCAGACACCAGACCGACAUCAAAGAACUAGCCCAGUUGAAAGUCACUUGUUGUUAAGUCACCCGUGUCUUGGCACAAAGACAAAAUACAACGGCCAUCGGAUGACUAGCUCGUACGUUUUGCUCAUGUGUGAGGAAAUCACUCUCCAAACCACCAGGUGGCAGUAGUCUGUAGUCAUCGUUCAAGAAAGGGAAACUAGAACACACUGCGGAUACACAAACUGUUCCAAUAAACAGACUUUAUUGACACCACUCUCACUAAUAUAGCCACUUAUUGAUUGAUUGAGAAUAUGUGCGAUAAUGAGAAGCUACAAACGGUACUGUGUGGCGGAAGCGGGAAAAAAAAAACAAGGUUAAAUGUGUUAAAUGUGUGAAAGCAUGGAUACUACAGCAACAGGCUCAAGGGGCUUUCCCUCUUCUUUUUCUGUUUCUCUUCAGAAUGAAGAAAAAAAGUGAAAAAAUGUAAUCUGCUUUAUAUGCGCUCAAAAGCAGGCAUUCAAAUGCAAUAAAAAAAAAUUUAAAAAAUUUAAAAAUAUCUAGAAAAAACACUGGCAGCUACUCUGGAUUCCAACACAGAAAGCUUGACAGACUUCCUCAAGUAGCAUUUAAUACAAAAUAGUAUCAUUCUAGGAAAAACUGCAGUAAAUCUGAAUGAUUCCGUCAUGUGGUUCUGUGUGGCUGUUGACAGUAAAGGAACUUCAGUUUUAGUAAUAACUGAACUGAGCAGACUUUGUCUCCGGGGCUGUUUUACAUUCUGAAUAUUACACUUUGAGGCCCCAGUUGAACUUUCAGGUUUGUCUGUAUGACUCAUAGAGCCACUUGUGUUCCUAGAGUGAUGUGCUGGUUAAAACUGUAUUUUUCAUCAGUUGAAUUUCAUCAGAAAACACAAAUACUACAGCUGUGAUGUAUAAUCCAGGGAGGCCUUCACCAUGCUAGCUUUUUUGGCGUACAGAAGCUAAAGGAGUAGCCAUCAAAACAAGAUGUCUACCAGCUGUUAUCAGCCAGCUGAAAUGUUCUUGUUGGACAUAUCAUGCGCCGCGAUCAACACGUCUUGAGGUAAAAAUAAACCGGCCUCUGCAUCUGAGGUCUCGUGGGGUGUAACUGUUUUUAUUCUGCUGCUCUGACUUUGGUGUGACAGCAACUUCCCAUAUUCUGUUUGGUACAGUGGCACAGUACAGCUCUAAAACAUAGUCCCUGAUCGAUGAAAUGUAAGAAGACAAGGGCCCCUCUCACUGUAUGAAUGAAAGAAAAACAGGUUUUCUGCUGACGCUAAAAUGCUCAUUUGCCCUUUUGUGCGUGGCGGUUAAGGACAGUUUGAUCGAGCAGGUCUGUGAAGUGUCCUUUUUAUUUCCUGUUUUGCGCCAUUUCUCCGAGAGUGCUCUGCAAAAUGUAGAUUUUUAUGACUUGUGCUGUAAUUAUGAGAAUGCGGAAUCAUGUUCUACUGUUUCUGUGAACCUGUUGCUAAUAUAUUUCAGUACAAAAAAACAAGACGAUAUGUUUCUCAUUUGGUCGACAUGAACAUGUUUUUACUUCCUGUUUUUUUUUUUUUGUUUCAUGGGUGUAAGUUUACUUGCUUUCUUAAAAAUAUUUUUCAGAUUAGUCGCAACAAGAUCUCAGUGUAUCACGUUCCUUUUCUCUGUUAUUGUUGUGAUGCUGUGAGAUAAAACUAUUACAUGUUUUUAUAAUACAAUCCAGGCCUAUACUGCAAAGGAAAAAGGAAAAUGAUGACGGCGGUGUGCAAAAUGUCUGUCGGCUCAUGUUUGCUCAAGAGAAGCGAAGCAACCACUGCUCACAGGUCAAACAAGCUGCUUGCAAGCACAGAAGGGUCAAAAAGUGCCUAGACUAAGAUUGUACAGAAUAUUCUAAUAAAAUAUGGAGACUUAUUGACAGAUGCAACCUGAAUUUAUUGUUAAUUAAUGAUGUUGAAUAGCUUAAACUAAUGAGAUGUUAUAUUAAAGUAUUGUCAGUUGUCUUUAGUGAUUAAUAGCAGAGUAGAUUGAACAUUGAUGGGACUUUUGUGGAUUUGUUUAUUUUUUAAAAAUAUUUUGUUGGGUUUUUUUUCCGUCUUUUUUCGGUGUUGCAGUUUGCAGUAUUGUGAUCGUGUCAAAAAUGUAUGUUCAUUUUGUGUGCAAGCUGGCCCCAGGUUAAGUUUUCAUAAAAACGCUUGUAACAUUUUAAAAGGUUUACUUUUGAAAAGAGGACUUAAAGACUUUAUGACUGUCUUUGCCAAAUUCCACUGAAAUGGCUUUAACAAACCUAAUUUGAUUGUAAUUUUUUUUUUCUUUUGCUGCUUUUUUACGUACACAAGGCUUCAGUACGAAGUGAACUCAUGAUAAAGUUUAGUAAAGUAUUUCCAACACAA